GUUGCCACCUGUUGCCCGAGGGCCCCUGCCCAGUGGUAUUUUGCCACCUGUUGCCCGAGACCCCUGCCCAGGGGUAGAUUGCCGCCUGUUGCCCAAGAUCCCUGCCCAGGGGUAGAUUGCCGCCUGUUGCCCGAGGUCCCUGCCCAGUGGUAGGUUGCUGCCUGUUGCCCGAGCCCCAAGCCUAGGGGGUAGAUUGCCUGCCUGUCG